UUUUCUUGUGGUGAAAAGGUGGUCGAUGCAAGAGAAAUUGUUAACGAAUGGUCAUUUCAGCUAUGAUGGCAGACCAGCCACCUCCAUUAGAAGCCACACCUAUUUUGAAUGAAGUGCCACUUCUACCUCAUAUGGUCAAUGGGGACACCACACAACAGGUUAUACUUGUACAAGUAAAUCCAGGAGAGACUUUCACAAUUAGAACUGAAGAUGGACACAUUCAGUGUAUACAAGGUCCAGCGCAUGUUCCUAUGAUGUCGCCUAAUGGUUCUGUGCCUCCAAUAUUUGUGCCUCCUGGCUAUGUAUCUCAGGUGGUGGAAGAAAACGGAGUUCGGAAAGUUAUAAUCAUGCCGCAUUCCACUGAAUUCCACCCCUCCAUGCAUCCACCCCCUCCGCACGUGCCCCAUUACAUGCACCCUCACCCUGCUUUGCUUCCCCAUCCACCUCAUCCGGUGUACCCUCCAGUUCCGGGGACAGGAGAAAUUCCACCGCAGUUCAUUCAUCAGCAUCCUCCGCCACCCUCCCCGCAUGUUUAUCAAGAGCAAGAGUCCCGUUCCCAUGGAAGAACAAAUUUUGUUCAGCGAGAUGAAAGGACUCUCAAAAUGCAAGAGCAUUUGAAGAAGAGGCUAAAAGACCGACAAGCCAGCGGGCAUACAAAUAAUAAAAUGAAUAGCCCUCCUUCAUCACCUCAUAAAGUUCAAAAUUCUUCUAACGCCAACAUUCAGAAUGGAUAUGGAAAGGGACAGCAAGGAGCAGGAGGGCCAGUAAAGCAGAAACAAGCAGGAAAGACCAGGGGAAGCCCACCAGCUGACGCAGAAAUGGAAGAAUCUGACACAGAAUCCAGAAAGCCGCAAGAGGUCUUUAGCAUCAGUAAACCUAUAGUUUCUGAAAUACAUGCAAGGUCGGCAGUCCUGUCCUGGAAUCCUCCAGUCGCUUCACAAAAUGGAGAAACUCCGAACGUCACAACUGAAACAUUCACGUUUGAGGUGGCAAUUUCGAACAGUGGCAAAAAUGGAAAAUUUAAAUCAAUUUACACUGGUGAAGAGAUGACUUUUACUAUUCCGGAACUCAGACCAGCGACGGACUACCACAUUAGACUUUCAGCCACAAAUAGUUCCACAAAGGAUAUUGUUUCAGAACUGGCAAGUUUCACUACAGAGAGCUGUGAACCAGACCCUCCAGCUGCACCAAAAGUGGUCAACAGAACCAAAAACAGCCUGAAUCUACAAUGGAAGUCCUCAAAUGAUAACGGCUCCAAGAUAACUAGCUACCUUUUAGAAUGGGACGAGGGAAAGAACGGCGCAUUCAAGGAAUGCUACUACGGUCAUCUAAAGCAGCACAAACUGACCAAGCUUACCCCUUCCACAAAAUACGCAUUCAGGCUGGCGGCUAAAAACGACAUCGGAAUGAGUGGGUUCAGUGAGACACUGGUAUGUCACACCGUAGGAGUUGUUCCCCCACCGCCUCUGCCCCCUCGGCUCACCGACGGAGGAGUGACUUGGCUAUCACUAGAAUGGAGUCCUCCAAGUGGGAUCUCUUCAGACGACUCCCUCACCUACAUUCUAGAAAUGGAGGAGGAAGGUUCUGAUUAUGGUUUUCAAGCAGGGUACAAUGGAGAUGAACUUUCUUGCACUUUAAAAGACCUUAGGAGGAGUACUUCCUACAAAUUCAGGAUUUUUGCCCACAACACUGAAGGAAAAAGCGGUCCUAGCGAGGUCGUAGAAUACAGCACAAGCCCCGACAAUCCUGGACCUCCAAGUAAACCGGCUGUAAAGGGAAAGAUCCACCCUCAUAAUGUGAAAGUCACCUGGGAUCCACCAAAGGAUACUGGAGGGUCAGACAUCUCCAAGUAUAUUUUAGAAAUCUCAGAAUCGUCACUUGGAAGUAAAUGGGAAACAGCAUAUACUGGCUCUGUGCGAGAACAUGUCUGUGCUCAUCUCAAGCCGGGUACUUCCUACCGGCUAAGGGUUUACUGCGUUGGUAAAGGGGGCCAAAGUCAGCCGUCUGAUGUACUAACCAUUCAAACAUCAGCCGUUCCUCCUGGGCCGUGCCAUCCUCCGUGUCUGGCUGGAAAAGCCAAGCCUAGGGAAAUUGCUCUUCAGUGGGAUCCGCCUUCUGUCGAUGGGGGCUCAGAAGUAACAGAAUACACGGUGGACAUGGCAAGCUCCGACCAGGAUGAGCGCAGGCAAAGCUACCGGGGCCAGGCCCUGGAAUGCACGGUGAACGGCCUUCUUCCGGGGAGGACGUACUGCUUCUGGAUCCGAGCAGCCAACAAAGCUGGGCUGGGCCCUUACUCAGAAAAGGCAGAGAUUACCACCGCUCCAGGUCCCCCAGACGCGUGCUGUCCUCCCCAGCUAACUUGUAAGACGGCAACUUGCGUAGUAGCCUCAUGGGAGAGUCCAGUAUGUAACGGCACAGAAGUUAGUGAAUAUAGACUGGAAUGGGGCCAAGUGGAAGGAUCGAUGCAUAUCAUCUACUCGGGCCCUCUGCUGAGCUAUGAAGUGAAAGGACUUACACCUGCGACUACAUAUUAUUGCAGAGUACAGGCUGUGAAUAUAGCCGGAGCUGGCUUGUUCGGGGAGAUCGCCAUGGUCACCACCCCACCUUCAGUGCCAGCGGCGGUGACGGUGUUGCACUUGCUUGAAGAAGACCAGAUGGAAGCGCCUCUUCCGCUGUCCACGUGCCUUGUCCUUCACUGGGAGGAGCCCUGUUGCCAUGGCGCAGAGAUCACCGGCUACAACAUCGAGUACGGGGAGAAGCAGCUCUUAGCAGUCAGCAGAGUUACAAGCCAUGUCCUGGAGAACUUGCAACCUGACACUUUAUACAGGAUCAGAGUCCAGGCCGUCAACAGUCUCGGAGCUGGUCCCUUCAGCCCUUCCAUCAAGGCAAAAACAAAGCCUUUACCUCCAGAUCCCCCCCACCUGGAAUGUGUCGUCUUCAGUUACCAGAGCCUUAAACUGAAGUGGGGCGAAGGUCCGAGCAGAGCUUCAAUCGCCAAUCCCACGCAGUUCAACCUACAGAUGGAGGACAGGUUUGGCAGGUUCACCACCGUCUACAGCGGACCUUGUCACACGUACAAAGUGCAGCGACUCAGCGAAUCCACCACGUAUUACUUCAGAAUCCAGGCGUGCAACGAUGCUGGCGAAGGGGAGUUUUCUGAAGUUUAUGCGUUCACCACAACCAAAUCUCCACCACCUGCCCUGAAAGCACCCAAAGUACAUCAGCUGGGAGACAGUAUCUGUGAGGUCACAUGGGAAGCUUUGCAACCAAUGAAAGGCGAUUCCAUUGUUUACAUAUUACAACUUGCCUGUGGGAGGGAAGUUGAACAGAUAUACAAGGGACCAGAAACGUCAUUCCGCCUCACCAACACGCAGACAAACUGUGAAUAUCGAUUCAGGGUGUGUGCUGGGCGCCAGUGCCAUGACUCGACCGGAUCACAAGAACUGUGUGGGCCGUACAGCCCCAGUACGGUGUUCUCAUCUCAAAAACAGGAGUCCGUCUCCCCCUGCUCAGACUCCAGCCCGGACCUCGUCAAGAGCAGGGGAAAGGCGCUCAGUGACGAACAGUUUGCAUUUCUGCUUCUCAUUGGGUUUGCGACAGUCGCCAUUUUGUUCGCCGUUAUCAUUCAGUACUUUGUGAUCAAGUAGGGGGAGGGGGGAGCUUGAAAGUCGACAUAAUUGCUCAGCUUAUUAUUUUCAUACGAAAGUUUAUGCCUUGGGUAUUUAUGUAAAUUCCAAUUAAAUUGCUAGCUGGGAAUGAUUCUAUACGAGACACAUUUCCAUUUUUUGCUGCUGAAUAAAACAGCGAGGCUGGGUAGGUAGAAACACCCCCCCCCCCAAUCUCCUCCCCUGCAUCCCCCCCCCCCAAACCAAGUGAAGAAAAUCCCUCUUGUAGCACAAUUGUGCAUCUUGUAAUCAGGGUUAGCUGUUUGAAACAGCAACAACAACAAAAGCUGCCUUAACGCGCACUUGUGAUUCACAGAAAGCUGGACUUCGUUCUCGCUGCCAGAUCUUUUCUUUUCCAAUACAGCAGAGCAAGAAAGGCGGGGGGGGGGGGGGGGAUGCGAGGAAGAUCAACCACCUCGACCCAGGUCUUGAUAUUUGAGAGGACACAGCAGCAAAGAUGCUUCAGCUUAGGACAGUGCUGUAUUACAGACCAUCGCUAGAGUACACCAUAUUUAAUAUACUGUAGAUGGGGUGGGGAGGGAGGGGAAGCAACCAAAACAUUUAUCAACUUCACGUUUAGCAAUCGUUCUACUUCUUCUUUAAAAAUUUUCCCGUUGUUUUAAAUUGUUGGGACUCCCAAUAAUCAACCGUCACUUCGAGAGCCAAGGGUUGGGAGAACUUUGUCUGCGUUUUUAGAACUCGUAUCCCAAAAACGCUGAAGGAACCCAGCUGAUGGGCAAGCAAAAAGAGAUUGCGUUGGUCUCCCCUCCCCCCACCCUUCACCGGUGAGAUGCUCUCCCCUUCUGUACUGGACAUUUCUGAACGAAAUGGCUUUCUUUGUUGUCGGCAAGCAACUUGCGGCCCAAACCCCCAAGUUCACUCUCAGUGCCUGAGAGGACGGUAACGCCCUGUGCUUCUGAACGGAACCGCCGCAGCGUUUUGCAGAGGAAAAGCACAGAAAAAAAAUUUUUUUUGUCUUUAAUGAGAACAAAAAAAAAAGUGCAUUUAUGAUAAAUGUUUCACUAUUUGGCUCAAACUGAGCAAAAUGUUUUUUGUACUAUUCUUAACAUAAAAUUCAAGGAAAAAAAUCAGUCUGUGUUUUUUUUUUGUUUUGUUUGUUGUUUCUUUCUUUUGGACACCCAUGUAACCUAAUCCAAAACAAUUGAGUUGCAUGUGAAAAUACUUUUUUUUUUUUUUUAAAGAUAACGAUCCUAAACGGUUUAAAAAAGAAAAUCACUGCCUCUCUGGUAGCGUUUUCAUAUUCCAGUUUCGUUUUCCAUGGUUCAAGUCUUCUCUGUUUUGUGACAGAACUCUUCAACGAGAGGGUCUGGUUUUGAGUGAAACACCUUUUUUAAAAAGAAAAGUUAUAAAUAUGAAUACCAUGCACUACAUAGGACUGAUCUUUCUCAAGUCUCUCUGCGCAGCAAAUACCUGUGAAGUAAAUAGCUGCGUUGUCUUUCCAUUUGCCCUCUUUGGAAAGCUGGGAACCACCCGUUUGGUUUGAGAACGCCUCUUUCAAAAGGAAAAAAAAACACACCUCUAGCUCAAAGGCCAUUAAUAUUUUGUUAAGAGUUUUUUGCAAACAGCUAUCUUUCUCAAACAUCGGAGCCCCUUGCACAUGUAUGUGGGACGGUGGACGUAACGUGUAACCCAUUGUAGCUUGCAACUUCUCUGUUCCAAGUAACAGGAUAUCAUUCAAGUGUUUCUCCACUGGCUGUUAGUUCAUAAUGGUAGCUUAAGGUCUGUGGCAUUGUGAUCGCAUUUCACAUGUGGGGAAAAAGCAGAAGAAAACAAUUGAUGACAUCGUAUCACUUAAUAUCUUCAAAAAGUAGAUUUAUGGUGCAAUCUGAAAUUAACCUUUUUUUCAAAAAUGUACUCCUUUUUGUGCUCUAUUUAUUUUGAUUUUUAAAAAAAAUUCUGGAAAAAUGUAUGUUUGAAUGUAUUGUUCUAUGUGUAGCAGAACUUUAAGUUAAUCAUUUAUUGUAAUGGAAGCCUCUCUUCAGUGUUGGAAAAAGUUUUAUACAAAUAUUAGUCUUUAGUUUGCAGAAACUGUUUACAACUUGUUUCCUGUCCUAUUUCACUUUUCUUUUUUUAAAAAAAUAAAAUAAAAUAAUAGGUUCUUUCCAGCAGAUUUCUGUUGCCAAAGGAUAUUUCUUUUCCUUUUCUUCCUUCCUUCCUUCCUUUUAAAAUAUUGGUUAAACUCUCAGACAAAAGAUUGGGGGGGGGGGGAGGGUUGGGAAUUCACAUGUAAUUGGCAAUAGUACGUCAGAUACAUUUUUUAAAAAAAAAAUAGGUUUUUCUGAACAAAUACUAACCAAAAUUAUGACUUCCUAGAAAGUUAAAAAAAAAAUUAAAUUUGUAUGUGUAAUUGCCACAAAACGUUUAUAUUUCUGGACAGCUUACUGGAAAGCAUAAUGUAAUGUAGAAUUUUAUAUUUACAACUAUACAUUCCAGAUUGAUGUACUCUAGUGGCAUUAAUGUAUUAGAUCUCCUUUUUCUCUGUAUUGUAAUUUUUGCUGUAUUUCAUACUUAUGUUAAACCUGCCAGGCAUUGUAUUACUAAAUUGUAACUAUCAAAUAGAUAAUAUAUUUAAUAUGGCCAAUAAAGACACAAAAUUGUUCACA